AUGGCAAAAUUAGUUGAAUCCGAAAUUGCUGUUUUAGAAAUUACCAAUGGUAAAAUUUUUGGAUUAUUCAAUGGUCAGUAUUACUAUUUCAAAGGUAUUCCAUACGCUGAGCCACCGAUAGGAGAGAAACGUUUUGAAUCACCAAAGCCCUUAUUGAAAAAAUGGAAAGGAAUUCGUGACGCAACGAAAUCUGCAAAUACUUGUUUAUGUAUGGAAGCUUUUAUACAUAUCAAAACAGGAGCAUUAGCAAAUUAUAUACGCGGCUCAGAAGAUUGCUUAUAUUUAAAUGUUUAUACACCGAAAAUUUAUACGGAGCAAUUAUUACCAGUUGUCUUUUUUAUACAUGGAGGUUCAUUUACGUCAGGUUCAGGAGAUGUUUUACAAGAAAAUACAUUAAUGAAACAUAAAAAUUUAAUAUUGGUUACAUUUAAUUAUCGUCUUGGACCAUUAGGAUUUAUUAGCACAGAAGAUGAUCAAAUAUCUGGCAAUAUGGGUUUAAAAGAUCAACGAGUUGCCCUUGAAUGGGUUUACAAUAAUAUAAAAUUUUUUGGGGGAGAUCCACAAUACAUUCUCAUGGCAGGUUUUUCUGCUGGUGGUGCUAGCGUUGAAUUUCAAAUUAUACAACCUGGUAUAGAAAAUUUAAUAAAAGCAGCAAUUUCUUUUAGUGGAUCAGCACUAUGUCCCUGGGCUAUAAAUCCUAAUCCAUUAGAAGAUACUAUUAAAGUUGCUAAAAUUCUUAAUUGUUCAAAUAUAAUCUCAACUAUUGAAAUAAAAAAAUGUUUAAAACAAGCACCUGCGGAAGAUAUAGUUGGAACGACUGAAAAUUUUCUUAUUUACUUAUAUCAUCCGGGUCGAAUAUGGGCACCAUCAAUUGAAUCACCAUUAUCUAAUGAUGCUAUAUUACUAGAAAAACCAGAGAAUUUGAUUCGUAAAGGAUUUACAAAUCGUGUUCCUUAUUUAUCUAGUUGUACAAGUGAAGAUGGAGUUUUUGUAAAUGCUGAAUUAUUGCGAUUCCGUGGUGAUGGAACAGUAGGUUUAGACUAUUUUAAUGAACAUUACAAAGAAUUCUUACCAGUUAUUUUAUUUUAUAAUGAACGCAUUCAUAAUAGAAAAGAAUUGGACAUUUAUACAGAAAAAUUAUACGAAGAUGUUGGUAUAUUUAAUGGAACAGUGACAUUGGAAAAUUUUGACAAAUUAACAAGAAUUUUCACAAAAGAAUUAAUCACAGAUGGUGUUUUCAAAUCAUGGAGAUUACACAAGGAAAAUGGAAAUAUUCCGAUUUACAAUUAUGUAUAUAGUAAUCCGGCAACAUUCGGCUUAGCACAUUAUAUAACUAUGCGCGAUGAUAUUAAUUUUGGUUGUGGCCAUGGCGAUGAUGUUUUUUUAAUAUUUAAUUUUCCUGAAAGAGAUCUAAAGCCCUUUUCAGAAAGUGAGUUAAGAAUAUCCGACAAUUUAGUAAAAAUGUUAGAAACAUUUGUUUUAACUGGGGUUCCUAAAUUUGAUAAUGAAACUUUGCCAAGCAAUUUUCGAAAUUCUGUUGAAAAAUUACAGUUUUUAAAUAUAACAUCUUCUAGUGCUAGAGUUGAAAUUUUACCAUAAUUAAUAAUA